AUGGCAGUAUCACUGGCGCAAUAUUCAUCGGAACCGUCAAAGCGACAAAGUAUGGCCUACUACUCAGCAACGAUAACGGCCAUGCCUAUGCCUGAACACUUCCAUCAUUCGAAUGGACAGCACCACCCUCAACCAACUGCCUACUAUCAGCAGACGUCUCCUGAUCAGAGGACAUUACAUCCACAACGCGGCUUCAUCAGGCCAGCGUACGACUUUAAAUCACUGCCUGUUCCGCCGCUCAUGCAGCACGAGCAGCUUCCUGCUGUACCUCCGCGACCACCGAAGACUCCUAUGGACACCGCAGUAGAGCAGAGCUUGCCAUUCAGACAACGAUCGCAUACGACCUCUACAGCGUCAACGAUAGCACCAGAUCCACUACCACCACACUCGAAUCCACAAGCUCUGACACAGACGCAAAGCACAGCGUUCGAGGAUUCGGAGCCGAUAGCACCUGUCCGUAUAGGCAAGGAGGAUGUGUACGACUCACAGACUGGAUUUGCGCUUUUCGUGAUUACACGUGAAGCUGCGCACAUGCCCUCAUUCCUAUCAUCGAAGCCUCUGGUCACGGUUAUGCGAAUCAACAGCACAACUAUGGGCACCAUCCGGUUCCACUCGGUAACAACGAGCAGCAUUGAUCUAGCAGUCAACGGUCGCCAUACAAGGAUAUUCCACUCAGGCAUGCUGCACAAUCGCUGGGGAUUUCAAUCGACAUCGUGUCCCAAUGCGGAGGAAAGAUGGUACUGGACGAGCGACAAGAUGAGCAAGGGCGCUAAACUUGUGGAUUCGAAGAAGAAUGGACAAGUAAUUGCAAGGAUGAAGGGUGACUUGUUGACAUUUGAGAAGGGGCGCUUGAGUCGUGAGAGCUACGAUGAAGUUCUGCUAUCAGUGGUUGCAAUGGCUGAAGCAGCGAGACGAGCGAAAAGGAAUGGUGAUCUUGUGGAUCUUGGCAGUGCAAUCGGAGACUUCACGGGCUCCAGCGGCGACGGCGGAGGAGGUGAUGGGGGUGGCAGUAGUGGAAGCUAG